UAAAGAUGGGGAGCGCACUGGUUCAUGUUUUCACUCAACAAGUUGAGUUGGUGCAUAGCAUUAGGUACUGCAGACUACGAGGUGAAGCAGGAAAUCCCGCGGGGUCAAGCCUUUUCAGGCCUGGCCUAAACACCUCCGAGAAGGCUCAGAGCGGCGAGGAGUCCUCCGGUCCCCGGCACUAGCUACUCCCCGGAAAUCAGCGGCGCGACUUCGGAUGCCGGGCUGCCGCUGCGCAUGCUCACGAGCCAAGCUUCCGGACUACGACUCUCGGGGUGCACUGCGAUAUUACUGACGGAUAGAUUAGCCAAUAAACACUGAAGUCUGUUCCUAAAACUCCAAUCCCUUGGGGUGGAGGCGGGCCCACCGGCGGUGGUUUCUUGGAGCCAGUGGGCGUCUCCGCGGCCAGCGGCUUCGGCCCCGCCCCCGGCCCAGCUCCUGGGUUAGGGUCCUGGGUCCCCAGAGAGGUGAGUUGGCUGGAAGUGGGCCUGCUGCACUAAGCCGCUGGGGACCGUGUCGCAGGCGUCUGCUAGAGCUCGGAACCUGCCGCGCCACGGAACCAAGCGCCCGAUUGCCACCGCUGUGCCAGGCCGGGGGCCGGCUGGGCCUGCGGGCCCCGCUGCACCGCGCACUCGCGACCCCCAGCCCGCGCUGGCUGGGUUGUGUAUUCCACCGAGAUGCCCGAGGUCGAUGUCAGCCAGGAUCCGGGAGAGUUAGUGCAAGCUACCUGUAAGACGGCUUGAACUUUUCCUGGGGAUUCCUCUGCCAGCCCGUUAGAUCGUACUGCUCUUGUCUUGUGAAAUCGCGUGUGCUAAUUACCGAAAUAAAUGAAAUAUUUUCCCCAGUUCACUGUUAGAAUAUUAAGUCUUUACUCUUUUGCAAGACAGUUUUUUUUUUUUUUUUAAUCUGACCGAAAAACAAACUCCUCCUACACCCACGGAUUGUUGUCCGAGUUUGGGGGAGGGGCGUAAAGACUCGCAAAUGAGAAGGCCGUGUCUCUGUAUCCAUCCUAACAUCCCCAGACGAGCUUCGUUUCGCCGCCUUUCUAGCAUUCACAGAAAAUUCUCCAAGGUCAUGAUCCCGAAGGCUUGACCAGUUUCCAAAAAGGGAGAAAUUGUUUCCAGAGACCCCAAGAUGGCAGCAAAAAUGGAGAUAACUUUGAGCUCCCACGAUCAGGCUUCCUCCAAACAAGAGAGACACAUAAUAACAAAGCUAGAAGAGAAACGGGAGCCCGCUCUACCAAAAAACUGCCCGGAUCCUGAACUCUCCCGCCAGAGCUUCAGACAGUUUUGUUAUCAAGAGGUAUCUGGACCCCAAGAGGCGCUCUCCCAGCUGCGGCUGCUCUGCCGCCAGUGGCUGCAGCCCGAGCUGCACACCAAGGAGCAGAUUUUGGAGCUCCUGGUGAUGGAGCAGUUCCUGAUCAUCCUGCCCCCGGAGAUCCAGGCUCGGGUCAGGCAUCAUUGUCCAAUGAGCAGCAAGGAGAUUGUGACCCUAGUGGAAGAUUUUCACAGAGCGUCCAAGAAACCAAAGCAGUGGGUGGCCGUUUGUAUGCAGGGGCAGAAGGUGCUGUUGGAGAAAACUGGAUCUCAGCUUGGAGAACAGGAACUGCCAGACUUUCAACUACAAACUCCUAGGCAAGAUCUCAGGGAGAGCUCUCUGGAGGAGUCUUCCCAGGAUGAAUCUCAAGAUCAGCUGAGCGUUCAACAUUGGGAGAAAUCCCAGCUCUUCCAGGAACCAGCCCCCAAGUUGGCUGUGACAGAGGCCCCCAGAAUAAGAAGUGACAACAAGGAAAAUCCACAACAGGAAGAGGCCAAAGGAGCAAAGCCAUGUGCAGUGCCAAGUGGCAGAGCCAAAGGGAAUGGUCUGCAGAGCCUGGAAGCAAGAGGGGCAAAGGUGUGUGACCCCCGGUUGCCACGGAGGCAGGUCAGCCCCCCAAAUGCUCAGAAGCCCUUUGCUCACUACCAGAGACAUUGCCGGGAACUGGAACACAUCAGCAGCCCCCACAAAGGCCACCCACUGAGAGGUCUGAGGAAAAGCAAAGGUGGAAGAAGAGGCCUUAGCAGUCGUUUACAGCGGCUGGGUCACCAGGGAACCCGCUCUGCCAAGAAACCUUACAAGUGUGAUGACUGUGGGAAAAGCUUCACGUGGAAUUCAGAGCUGAAACGACACAAGAGGGUACACACAGGAGAACGGCCGUAUACCUGUGGGGAGUGUGGGAACUGCUUCGGGCGGCAGUCCACCCUGAAGCUGCACCAGAGGAUCCACACUGGCGAGAAGCCAUACCAGUGUAGCCAGUGUGGGAAAAGCUUUCGCCAGAGCUCAAACCUUCAUCAGCACCACAGGCUUCACCAUGGGGACUGAAGGCAUCGAAUGCUCUGCAGUCACAGGGAAAGGCUUUAUGUUUCUCCUACUACUUGCAUGUAAAUCACAGACUGACUGGUGACUUGCAAGGAGAGCAAGCAGCCUUGGAGGGUAACGGUGCACAUGUGGCUGGUGAGGGGCCCUAUGGUAGGCUUAGCCAGGGCCCAGUAGCACAUGGUGACAGGGUACAGAGAUACCAAGUCUGGGUGUUGGAAUAAGAGGACUGCAGUCUCUGCAAGAGGUAGGAGUGACUACUAAGGGAGAAUCAGGAUGACCCAGCAGGUGGCUCCUUCCGUUACGCCAUCUCUUGCUUUAUUUAUCCUCUAAGAUAUGUUGAAGCAUAUAGAGUUAUACAUUUGCUGUCAUUUCACACAAGUUUCUGAUGUGUGCAUACUUCAGCAUUUUACCGUAACUUAAAGUCAGUAUUCAUUGGAAAACA